UCAGACACACACGGAGUGGUGGAGAGCUGCUGCUGAAGUCUCUGCCCUGCUGCUGUUUCCUCGCAGACACCCAGGAUCUAUCCAUCUGCACAUAUUUUUAGCCCCCGCCUUUUUCUUGCUGUCGACCCCCUGCUUCCCCGUUCUCUUCAUCGUCUCAAUCUUGGAAAAUCCUUGGGGUUUCGGGGUCUGGGAUUUUUUGAUUUUUUUUUUAAUCUGGGUACCUUUCCCCGCUUCUUCUUUCCCCCCAUCUCUGUCUCUCCAUCAAAUCCGGGCUGAUGUGCUCCGCGAGAGGCUGGAAAUGGAAGUGGUGAUGCUCUGGCUUUUCCCCUGGAUAUUUCAGUGCGUUUCAGUGCGGGCGGACUCCAUCAUCCACAUUGGUGCCAUUUUUGAAGGAAAUGCUGCCAAGGACGACGAAGUCUUCAAGCAGGCGGUGUCCGAUCUGAACCUCAAUGACGACAUUUUACAGAGCGAGAAAAUCACGUACUCCAUCAAGCUCAUAGAGGCCAACAACCCCUUCCAUGCGGUGCAGGAAGCCUGUGACCUGAUGACCCUGGGAAUCUUAGCCUUAGUGACAUCCACUGGUUGUGCCUCAGCCAAUGCCCUGCAGUCCCUGACAGAUGCCAUGCACAUCCCACACCUCUUUGUACAGCGCAACUCGGGAGGUUCCCCGCGCACUACUUGCCACCUAAAUCCUAGUCUUGAGGAGGAAGAAUACACACUAGCAGCCAGACCGCCUGUCCGCCUCAAUGACGUUAUGCUGAAACUCGUCACUGAACUUCGAUGGCAAAAAUUCAUAGUAUUUUAUGACAGUGAUUACGAUAUUCGUGGGCUGCAAGGAUUUCUGGACCAGGCCUCUAGACUGGGACUUGAUGUAUCUUUACAAAAGGUGGACAGAAACAUCAGCAGAGUUUUUGCCAGCCUUUUUACUACCAUGAAAACUGAAGAGUUGAAUCGCUAUCGUGACACAUUACGAAGAGCAAUCUUACUUCUAAGCCCCAGGGGAGCCCAAACUUUCAUUAAUGAGGCUGUGGAAACCAACCUUGCUUCAAAGGAUAGUCACUGGGUCUUUGUAAAUGAGGAAAUCAGUGAUAAUGAAAUAUUAGAACUGGUACACAGUGCUCUCGGGAGGAUGACAGUUAUCCGGCAAAUCUUCCCUCUGUCAAGAGACAACAAUCAGAGAUGCAUGAGAAAUAAUCAUAGAAUAUCUUCACUGCUCUGUGAUCCACAAGAAGGCUAUUUGCAGAUGCUGCAGGUCUCUAAUCUCUAUCUAUAUGAUAGCGUGCUCAUGUUGGCCAAUGCCUUCCAUAGAAAGCUGGAAGACAGGAAAUGGCACAGCAUGGCAAGUUUGAACUGCAUGAGGAAAUCCACCAAGCCUUGGAAUGGAGGUCGAUCCAUGUUGGAGACUAUUAAGAAGGGCCAUAUAACUGGGCUCACUGGCGUUAUGGAAUUUAGAGAAGACGGCGCCAACCCCUAUGUCCAAUUUGAAAUACUGGGCACCAGCUAUAGUGAAACAUUUGGCAAAGAUGUGCGGAGGUUGGCAACAUGGGACUCUGAAAAAGGACUGAAUGGCAGCCUACAAGAACGGCGUCUCGGCAGUGAUUUGCAAGGACUGACACUGAAAGUGGUGACUGUCUUGGAAGAGCCUUUUGUGAUGGUGGCAGAGAACAUACUUGGGCAACCGAAGCGCUAUAAAGGAUUUUCCAUUGAUGUCUUGGAUGCACUUGCCAAGAAUUUGGGCUUCAAGUAUGAGAUUUAUCAAUCUCCUGAUGGCAAGUAUGGACACCAGCUCCAUAACAGCUCUUGGAACGGCAUGAUUGGAGAACUUAUUAACAAGAGAGCUGAUAUGGCAAUCUCGGCUAUCACUAUAACACCGGAACGGGAAAGUGUUGUGGACUUCAGCAAGCGGUACAUGGAUUAUUCAGUGGGGAUUCUAAUUAAGAAGCCUGAAGAGAAAAUCAGCAUCUUCUCUCUCUUUGCUCCCUUUGAUUUUGCGGUGUGGGCCUGCAUUGCAGCUGCCAUCCCCGUAGUUGGUGUCUUGAUAUUUGUUUUAAACCGUAUCCAGGCAGUCAGAGCACAGAAUUCUUCACAUCCCAGUCCCUCUGCUUCCUCCACGCUUCACAGUGCCAUUUGGAUUGUGUAUGGGGCCUUUGUUCAGCAAGGUGGUGACUCUGCUAUCAAUUCUGUGGCUAUGCGCAUUGUGAUGGGAAGUUGGUGGCUCUUUACACUUAUUGUGUGUUCAUCCUACACAGCUAAUUUAGCAGCAUUUCUCACAGUAUCAAGGAUGGAUAAUCCUAUAAGAACAUUUCAAGAUCUGUCCAAACAAAUGGAUAUAUCUUACGGUACUGUCAGGGAUUCAGCAGUGUAUGAAUACUUCAAAGCAAAAGGGACAAACCCUUUGGAGCAGGAUAACACAUUUGCUGAACUGUGGAGGACAAUCAGUAAAAAUAAUGGGGCAGAUAACUGUGUAUCGAACCCUUCAGAAGGCAUCAGGAAGGCAAAGAAAGGCAACUAUGCUUUUUUGUGGGAUGUAACAGUGGUGGAAUAUGCAGCCUUGACAGAUGAUGAGUGUUCUAUGACCGUCAUUGGAAACAGCAUCAGUAGUAAAGGAUAUGGGAUAGCACUCCAGCAUGGCAGCCCCUACAGGGAUCUCUUCUCCCAAAGGAUCUUAGAAUUACAAGAUACUGGAGACUUGGAUGUACUCAAACAGAAAUGGUGGCCACGGAUGGGACGUUGUGACCUGAACAGCCACACCAAUGCACAGACAGAUGGCAAGGCACUGAAGCUUCACAGUUUUGCAGGCGUCUUCUGCAUUUUAGCAGUAGGCCUUCUUCUUGCGUGUUUGGUGGCAGCGCUGGAGUUGUGGUGGAACAGCAACCGUUGUCAUCAAGAAACUCCAAAAGAGUUACAGCAUGGGCAGCAGCAGUGCAAACUUCCCUACGUUGUCCCACCAAUGUGCCUCAACCCUGACCUGGAGAGACCAGCUUUAGGGGAUAAAGAAGUAAAUCUGGAGCAGGUCCACAGACGUAUGAACAGUUUAAUUGAUGAAGACAUAGCUCACAAGCAAAUCUCUCCAGCGUCCAUUGAAAUCUCAGCCUUGGAGAUUGGUGGCAUGCAGCCAAGUCAGACCCUGGAGCCAGUACGUGAAUACCAGAACACACAACUUUCUGUUACCACCUUUUUACCAGAUCAGACAAGUCAUGGUGCCAGCAGGACACUCACAACUGCCUCUGGUAGUAACCUGCCAUUGCCCCUUAGCAGCUCAGCCACCAUGCCCUCUAUACAGUGUAAACACAGAUCGCCAAAUGGAGGACUGUUUCGUCAAAGCCCCGUGAAAACACCUAUCCCGAUGUCAUUUCAGUCUGUGCCAGGGGGAGUCAUUCCAGAAGCCAUGGAGCCUUCCCAUGGAACAUCCAUAUAAUGAAAACAAACAAAAAAACAACCAGCAGAGCUUUUUAAUACAAUCUGAAACAAAAAUAAAAACUUUUACAUUUUUCUUGUACAUAUCUGUAAAUAAUGAAAGAAUGAAGUGGGGUAAAAGUGUAUUUUGAAUAUUCCCAAUUUUCAAAGUCAGUAAAAAAAACAAAAAAAAAACAAAAAAACAAAAACAAAAAAAUGUAUGAAUGACUUUGUAAAUUUUGUUCUAUAUGAAUAAAAAGGCAAACUACUUGUGAUCGUUCUCAAGUGCCAAAGAAGACCUGUUGCUGGGAUUGAGGGCAGUUAAACAAAAUAUCAUGGAUUUCAACCCUUAUUCCUUAUUUGUUCUGUUUUUAUUUUACUAUUUUUGUUUUUAAAGCAGUAAAGUUAUCCAUUUGUUGCUGUAAAAGUUUACUCUCCUCAGCACUCUCUUCUUCUCGGUACCCUAUUUCAUAGCCAUGGUAGCAGUUCGCUUGAAAAUCUAACUGCAGAUAUUAGCAAAGCAGUAAUAUAUGUUUUAAACCUGAAUUAUAACUAUAAAUAAGCAAACAAUAAACAAAACAACUGAACUGUUUCCUUCUAACAGGGAUUAAAUUUCCACACAGUUUCUAAGUUGAAGCACAGGUUUACUGAAUUGUGUUUUAUGUGCAUACUGUGUGGCUUUUUCCUUAUGUGUUCGUUUUUAUACACACAUAUAUAUAAAUAUAUAAUAUAUAUAUAUGAUCUAUGUAUAUUAUAUAUAUAUAUAUAUAAUAUUUGAUAAAUAAGGUUAUGGAUAAGGCUAUUAAGCAAAACCUGCAAUCAGCUCUUUUUUGUUUCUUGCGUGCACAAAUUAAAGUGGAAUGGAACCAAUGACUUAAAGGAAUAAAACAAGGCAAAGCUUUAUUUGAUAAAAAAAAAAGGAGUACUUGUGGCACCUUAGAGACUAACAAAUUUAUUUGAGCAUAAGCUUUCGUGAGCUACAGCUACAGCUGUAGCUGUAGCUCACGAAAGCUUAUGCUCAAAUAAAUUUGUUAGUCUCUAAGGUGCCACAAGUACUCCUUUUCUUUUUGCGAAUACAGACUAACACAGCUGCUAUUCUGAACCUUUAUUUGAUAGUGAGGCAAUGAUCAAGUUACAGUGACUAUAGCCCUAUGGUAUGAUUUCUUUCUUUUAUGUUUCAAGGACUACUGUAUAAUGGAGGCAGCAUUCUCUGUUAAAGUCAUAUCUCUGAAUGACUAGGCUAAAUUCAUUACUAUAAGCACAGCUUCUGUUUUUUUCCAUUGAUUUAUUUAAAGAAACAUUUAAUGGUUAUGUCCAUAAUUGGCUAUCAAAUGCCUUUUUUUUUUGCUGUGAAACUCAAUCAAUGGAAAAAGAUGGAGUAACACAUAUAGCUAGCUUAAUGUCUUGUCUGAGAACAUUACCAGUUCAGUUUAAUAUGAACAUUUCAAAACCAUUGUUUCCUUCCCAGGUAACUAGGUUUUUUUCUUCCUUUCUGAUGCUCCUGGGCAAACAUUGGCUUUCAGAAUUUGAGUAAUUUAGUAACCUCUCAAAUGUGUCACAAUAGCAAGGUUGUUAUUUCCAUGCAUAGUUGGAUUUGUUCACUUUAUUAGAACAUGAUCAUUUGGAAAAUGCAGUAUCACUGGGUGCAGCAAAAUCACUGCCUACAUUAAGGACACAAAUAAGUGACUGAACAAAAGUAAAAAUGCAUACAUAUCUCCAAGAGGAAGCAGACAGUGUGGGUUAUGCAUUUGGAGAAAUAAAAAGUUGAAUUUAU